CGGGCAGAGGUCACAGACUUUGCCUGUUCCUCCUGCAACCGAGGGCGCAGUGCCGGAUCGGUUCCUUCGGCCUGCAGACGGUGUGGGCACGGGGCUCGGCUGCGAGGAUGAAGGUUGAAUUCGCUCCUCGCCACCUCCCGCUGGAGAGAAGGCUCCAAACGGCAUCCGUGCUUCAAUGGGUCUUCAGUUUUUUGUGCCUGGCUCAGUGCUGCAUUGCCGUCUUCAUCCUCCUCCUCUUCACUCGCUUCUGGCUGAUCAGCGCCCUCUACGCUGCCUGGUGGGCUUUCGACUGGGACACCCCGAGCAAAGGUGGGCGGAGAUUCUGCUGCGUCCGGAAUUCCAUCCUCUGGCGAUACAUGAAAGAUUAUUUCCCCAUCACGCUGGUGAAGACGGUGGAUUUGGAUCCAAGCAAGAACUACAUUUUUGGCUUUCAUCCCCAUGGCAUCAUGGUGGCUGGUGCCUUCAUUAAUUUCUGCACCGAAGCCACCGGCUUUUCCAAACUCUUCCCAGGACUGAAGCCUCACAUGAUGAUGCUGAAUUUGUGGUUUCGAGCCCCCUUUUUCCGGGAUUACUUGAUGAGUGGAGGUAUAAUUCCCUCGGACAGGGAAUCCGGUUCCUACGUCUUGAGGAAGAAGGAAGGGGGGAAUAUCGUGGUCAUCGCUGUGGGAGGGGCGCAGGAAGCCCUGGAUGCUCGCCCUGGAGCCUACACCCUCUUGUUGGAGAACCGGAAGGGCUUCGUUCGGCUGGCCAUAGAGAAUGGGACGACGCUCGUUCCCGUCUUCUCCUUUGGAGAAAAUGAGCUGUUCGACCAGGUCGAAAAUCCCAAAGGAUCGUGGCUGAGAUGGACGCAAGAGCUUUUGCAGAAGAUCAUGGGGGUCUCCCUGCCCCUCUUCCACGCCAGAGGGAUCUUCCAAUACACCUUUGGAUUUAUCCCAUACCGGAAGCCGAUCUACACCGUGGUGGGGAAACCUCUUCCGGUGAUGAAGAAACACAAUCCCAGCCAAGACGAAGUCGAUGAGCUCCAUAAGAGGUACCUGGAGGCUCUCUGCAAGCUGUUUGAGGAGCAUAAAUUGAAGUACAACGUGCCAGAAGACACACAUCUCUCUUUCAUAUGAGACACCAAAGCCACAAACUUUGGCGACAAAGAAUCGGAAACAUCGAAGCCGCAAGUGACAAAGUGAAUCUGCCAUGGAAACCAGAGAUAUUCCUUUUGGGACCAAUGGACAAAUUGUUGGAAAAAAUAAAACCUCACAGGGAUUUUUUUUUAUAUAUAUAGGAUAACAGUGGCGAGACUUUUAUAUGCGUAACGGUGAAAGGUUUUGACAUGGCCUACGAUGGAAGACGGGAUGGUGAAAUCAAUGGAACUGACAAGAGAUGGCAAAAUUGACCGCUUGGGCAAUGCGACCUGUGGACUUCAACUCCCAGAAUUCCCGAGCCAGCCAGGAAAUUCUGGCACAGGAAUUCUGGGAGUUGUAGUCCACAAGUCGUUGAAGGGGCCAUAGUUGAACACACCUGAAUUAGAGAAAAGAUACAUUUUAAUGCUGAUUGAAAGUCUCUUUCCUUGUAAAACGGGAGGAAAAAAUGAAAUUAGAAAACAUGCAUUCGCUGACGAGAUAGAAUAGAAAAAAAUGAAAGCUAUAUUGUAAAUUUAGAUUAAGAGGUUAAUGGAAGCUAAUAUUUACAUGUGUUGUGGAAAAUCAUUUUCCACAUUUCCAACAUUUCCAACAUUUCCAAAUGAUCGGAAAUCAUUUUUUAAAAUAUUUUUCUGUUUAUUUCUGCACUUUUAGCUUUGCAACCUUUCGUUCUUCGCUUUUUUCCUCUUUUCUAUCUUAGUUAUCGGUUCCUGUUAAUUUUUAUCUCGCUCGUUUAAAAGAUCUAAUAAAGUUAUCUAAG